AUGGCAAACAUAGAGCCUCACAACAACGAUGACAGCAUAAGCGAGCGAGUAUCAAUUGAACAUAGACCACGGCCGCGUUCAUCGAGAUCAUGGCGUAGCAGGCCAAGCUUCACAAGAUCACGAUCAAGGCCACGGGAUCCUGACGCAGAUUUACAUCGCAUACUGGACCACCAUGACACUCACGAGCACGACCACGAUCACAAUGCACGAUCAGCGGAGAAGGCAGCACUGGCGAGCGAGCCUGACCCUGGCGCCGUGACUUUGCCACUAGAGGAGCUGGCCGAUGGUGAAGCCAGAGAGGAAGUCGAGAGCCAGCUCUCUGAUGAGGAGACGCCCGACAAGGAUGAAGCGCUAUCCCAGCCAAGUGGCAACACUGACCCAGAGAAAGGACACAAGUCCAAGCUCGAGCGCCAGCAAACGAGUGCAUCAGAACGAGCACGUCUGAUGGUAUCCUGGGACGGCGACUCAGAUCCCGAGAACCCCAAGAACUGGUCCAACAAACGCAAAUGGGCUGCCGUCCUGGUCGUCUCUUCCUUCACAUUCAUCUCGCCCGUAUCCUCGAGCAUGGUUGCACCCGCUCUGGAAGCCAUGAACCGAGAUCUCGGCAUCACCAAUCAAGUGCUAUCACAGAUGAUGCUAUCUAUCUUUAUCCUUGCCUAUGCUGUCGGGCCUUUGGUUCUCGGACCUCUCUCGGAGGUAUAUGGACGGGUACCAGUUUUGCAACUAGCGAACCUGUUCUUCCUGAUCUUCAACCUGGUCUGCGGCUUUGCGAAAACACCAGCACAAAUGCUCGUCUUUCGCUUCCUAGCUGGCCUUGGCGGGUCAGCUCCUCUGGCGAUAGGCGGCGGUAUCCUCGCCGACUGUUUUCGUCCGGAGGAAAGAGGCAAAGCUAUCGGCAUCUACAGUCUAGCCCCUCUCAUCGGUCCCGCCGUCGGUCCCAUAGCUGGUGGAUUCAUCAGCGAGAACACAACAUGGCGAUGGGUCUUCUGGGCCGUUUCGAUAGCAGACGCCGUCAUCCAGAUCGCCGGCAUAUUCCUCCUGCAGGAAACCUGGGCUCCGAAAUUACUGGACAAGAAGACGGCCAGACUGCGGAAAGAGACCGGUAACCAGGCUCUUUACUCGGAGGGAUCGAGACGGGAGACGGUAUCGCAGAAAUUGAAGACAUCCUUGGGCCGGCCAUUCAAGCUCUUGUUUACUCAGGUCACCAUCAUAGUCUUCGCGAUCUACAUGGCCUAUCUCUACGGUCUGGUCUACCUCGUCAUCUCGAGUUUUCCAGGACUCUAUACCUCACCAGAAUACUACAACGAGAGCGUUGGCAUCGGCGGAUUGUACUAUAUCGCCUUGGCUAUCGGCUACGCCAUAGGUGCGCAAGCGACGUCUCGAAUCAACGACUACCUGUAUGUUCGGAUGAAGAAAAGCAACAAUGGGGUAGGAAAGCCGGAGUUCCGCAUACCAAUGAUGGUCCCGUGUAGUGUUCUCCUGCCGAUCGGCUUCUUCUGGUAUGGGUGGAGCGCACAGGCACGUCUAUUCUGGAUCAUGCCUGAUAUCGGUGCGGGUAUCCUCGCUGCUGCGACCAUCUGCGGGUACUAUUCGAUCCAGACUUAUAUCAUCGACAGCUAUACCAAGUAUGCCGCCUCUGCCGUGGCUGCCAUCACUACUCUGCGAUCCCUAGCUGGCUUCGGAUUCCCGCUAUUCGCACCAUACCUUUACAAUAGUCUUGGCUACGGUUGGGGCAAUAGCGUCUUAGCAUUCGUUGCUCUGGCUAUAGGGAUCCCUGCGCCUUGGUUCUUCUGGCGGUAUGGCGAGCGGUUGAGGAUGAAGUCGCAGUUUGCGGCGGGAAGCUGA